AAAAACGAGAAUUAAAAGCUGGAGCGCCAAACGUGAUUUCACAAGGGCGAAAAUUGAAAGUUAGAUUUCACAAGGACGAGAAUUGAAAGUUAGAGCGCAAAGCGUGAUUUCACAAGAGCCAGUAGUCCAACCGAAGGAGUAUAGUAUUGUACUACUAUUUUUUUUGUUUUAGGUCUAAAGACUCUAAACCCAGAGGACGGUGGCGUAGAUUUACCAAAACACGAAGCCCUAGCUUUCAAUUUAGAAAACCCUAGCUUUCAUCCCCAAUCCUUCAACUCCCUCCUCGUGUAAAGUUCUAGUUGGAGCAUAAUCUGAGAAUGUUUAAGAACACUUUCCAAUCUGGUUUCCUCUCCAUUCUAUACAGCCUCGGGAGCAAGCCGUUGCAGAUAUGGGAUAAAGAGGUUGUCAACGGCCACGUUAAACGACCACAAGACGAAGACAUACAAUCAAACGUCCUGGAAAUUGUAGGGUCAAAUGUCCAGUCAACUUACAUUACUUGCCCCGCAGAUCCAGCUGCAACACUUGGUAUAAAGCUACCAUUCUUGGUCAUGAUUGUGAAAAACCUGAAGCAGUACUUCACAUUUGAGAUUCAAGUGCUGGAUGACAAGAAUGUCAGGCGACGUUUCCGUGCUUCUAAUUUUCAAGCUGUGACUCGAGUGAAACCAUUUAUUUGCACAAUGCCCUUGAGGAUGGAUGAGGGAUGGAAUCAAAUCCAGUUGAAUCUUGCUGAUUUUACCAGACGAGCCUAUGGAACCAACUAUGUCGAGACAUUGCGGGUUCAGGUUCAUGCAAACUGCCGCCUGAGAAGGAUCUAUUUUGCUGACCGCCUUUAUUCAGAGGAGGAACUCCCACCAGAAUUCAAAUUGUACCUUCCGAUGCAGAAACCAUGAUGCUUUUGUGGAACUCGCUGAACUUGUUUGGACGAUCUGUUGGUGUUUUCGUCGUAACCAUCAAUCGAAUAGUUUAAGAAGUUGAUAGAGUCGCUGUUUAUGCAAAAAGCGGAACGCUUGUAGAACAUCUAUUUAUGGUCCAGAUUAUUCCAGUGGUUGAAUAAGGAUAGUAAGAACCUGAGAAAGAAAUUCUGGAUUACGUACUCAUCUUUACCUAAAACAGGAGGAUAAAAUCCUGAAUUGGGUACUAA